AUGGCGUCGAAGAAUAGAAGCCACAGAGAGGAUCAUGCCGAUGAAUAUUACCACGGGGGGGAAAAGGCAAAAGGAAAAUUUCACACUCGAGGAAGUGGUGGUGGAUGGGAGGGGCACGACAAGGAAAGGGACGAAACGUGGGAUUAUCACGACAGGAAUAGAAAUGCCCACCAGGAUAAUUUUUCCACAAAGGAGCACUACAACAGGAACAAGGAUAGGGGCCAUGGUGAGAAGUACGAGUCAAGGCAUGGUGACAGGGGGGAUAGAACAGAUCGACCGUAUGACAAAUACGAUGAAGACCGGCAUGAGUACGACCCCAAGAGGGGGAAGAGGAAGUACGCAGAAAGGAGGAAUGGACGAAUGAGCCCAGAAAGGGGAUACAGUGGAAGAGGUGACUCAGAUCAUUAUGAGAAAUACAACAGUAGCAGAGCAGCAGGGGGUGCGGAUGACGGGGAGAGGGAAAACAGGAAGAGUUGGGGUAAUCAGCACAGGUACGGAAGAGAUGGUCACAGGGAUGACCACCGAGAUGACCACAGAAGAGGUGAACACAAGUCAUUUUCCAGAUAUAAGGAAAGCGAACGAAGGAGGUCAUACAGUACUAGCAGCGUGGAGGAUAGCCAGAGUGAAUAUACGUCCGGGUCGGAUGAUGAGGAUAAUAAAUACCGUUCGUACGGCCAGAAGAAAUACAAAGUGGGGGAAAAUUCGGAUGAGCAAGGGGAAUUCACAAAGGCAGGUUACUCCCGUGGGGGGUACCCCCCUUAUGGAGGUCACACUCACAACAGUGGUUACCCCCGUGAAGGACUCACAACGAGAAAAAUCAACCAUGUAAACGAUGUGCUAGAUAUGAAGAGCAACAUAGAAUUGUCCAAAUUUAUUUUUAUUUACAAAUUGGGAGAAAACAUAACAGAAGAAGAAAUAGAUGACAUGAUGAGGAAUACAGCCAUUAGUAAUGCAUUCUCUCUUCCGCUAAAUAUAUACAUAAAUAGGCUGUCCUUUUUUUCUGUAAAGGACGAACUAUUCGUAAGAGAAGGGUUGGAGUUUAUAAAAAAUAACUCCUACUUUAACAAUAUCCAGUUGAAUAUAUUAAACACACAAAUGAGUAAUGAAGUGAAUGAUGACCGAUGUUGCAUCGUUGAGUUUCCAUCCAAUGAAGCAUCCGCAAAGUUAUUCUCCCUGUAUGAGAAGAAUAAAUGCUGCAUCGAAAUGGGAGGGAACACGUCGUAUAUAUUUCCCCUAUUCAAGUUGAAAAAGAAGCUGAACAAAAUAGUGGAAGAUAAACAGGCGCAAAAAAAAUUCUAUGAUUGGUACUGCUCUUAUUGUAACUUUCUCAACUUUUCACGUAGAACUGUUUGUUUUUUUUGCAAAGAAACGAAAACUAAUGAUGCAAAACUGGUGGAGAGUGAAACGAAGGUACCUUCUAACCUGUUUAUGAAGAAUGGGGCCAUGAUGGGCACUACUGCUACGCAGGAGGGGGGACCUUACGGGGGGAACAAUAUAUUUAACGGAAUCCCCAAUGGGGAGCAAGCUGGGUUUACCCAUCCUAGUAGUAACGCCCCCCUUGGGGGUAACGGUGGCGUAUCCAAUUCGGAGGCAGAUUUCAGUCAGCAGGAUGUCAACCCCACAGUAGAAUCUGUCGUAUCGGUUGGUUCAGCUGGAGCAGCCGCUGGUGGGGGGGGGUACCCGGUGAAUAAUACGCCCCCCCUUCACCAAAUGGAAGAAAACUCAACGGAAAAUUUCGAAACGUCUAUCAAGGAAAUCCUGGAAGAUGUCGAAAAAACGAACAUGCUCAUAUUGAAGGACAUAGAUGGAAGCAUCCCAAAUAAGGACCUAUUAAAGUUUAUCAACGAAGUGUUCGAAAAUAGACACGUGAAUUAUCUCUACCUGUUUAAUGACGUAAGGAGCUCGAAUAAAAGGAAGGGGUUUUGUUUCGUGGAAUUUGAGAGGGCAAGUUACGCAGAACAAAUGAUGAACGAAUUGGAAGGAAACUUCUACCUCAACUAUAGGAAUAAUUUUUUUAAAUUGGAUUAUGUGUACGAGAAAGGAAAGGAAUAUUUUUUCCAUUCCAUCAAUUUGGCAAAAUUAAACAUUAGUAAAUCCGCAGCAACUGUACUUAUGAAAAAUUAUAUUCCACAUUUUAAUUUUUUCGUUAGCUAUAUGGAGACCGUUGUAAAUAUGAUGAGCAUAAAAAAUUACACCUUCUUCCUUCUUUGGUCCUCUCAAGUGAUUAUCUUAAAGAAGGAGAAGCCGGCACUUAGUGAAUUCUUCUUUGAUUACAAUACUCAGUAUUAUUACCACCCCGUUUUUCAAAUUUAUUUUGACAACAAGACGAAUUUUUACAUGUCCCUUUCGAAGGGGUACUACAUAUGGAAUGAUAAGAUAAAGUGCCUCGUCAGGAUGUACAUGGAAAAUGAGCAGCAGGUAAAUGGGGAUCAUGGGGGGGGUGAUGACAAGGCAGUGGGGAUACACACAGCAGCCACGUUGGUCACUUCGGACCAUGAGGAGCAGCAUCAGGAGGGACGCAAGGAGGACUUUCCUACCGGACACCCUCACCAUAGAUAUGACACCGGUGAGCAUAACGCUGAAGAGAAUAACCCCACCCCUGGGGGAAGCGGCUUCAGAAAGAACGCAACUAACCAAACCGAUCGUAACGAACACGUGGGCGUUGCAAACCCUACCGCUAGCAUAACCGGUGAUGGUGGAAAGGGGGCUGAUCCAAAUGUGCCCCCUAAUGAAGAGACCUCCAAAAAUACAGCCCUAGACAAAAUAUCCAGUCUAGUGGAAAGAGCCAAGAUGAUAGCCCUGGCUUCGAAGAAGAACAUUGAACAAAUGAAUAUGAACGAAGGGAGCUCAACCAAUUUGGAAAAAAAAAGCAAAGAAAUAAUUAAGAAGCAUUUCGCUACCGACUCGGGCGAUGAAGAUAACGACGACCUAUCAGAUAAGGAGGAGUUGCAAAAAAAAGGACACCCCAGCAAUAUUGCAUAUAACAAGGGUAGCCAGUUGAAUAGGGGACCCACUGGAAUGACCAACACAACCACGGAAGGUGGAAGUAGUUACCAUAAAUCGUCGUACAAGACGAAGAGUUCCUUGAUUGAAAGUCUUGCCAAGGUACAGAAUAGGGGACAGUGGGCUGCCACUACCAAGGAACACAAUAAUAAUGCGACCAAUUGGGGUGAACCUAGUAGAUUACCCAAUUCCGAAGCAACCGGAGUUGGCACAAACGAGCACUCCUCCAACAGUGCCAACGAUUUGAAUAUCUGUUUUAUUUGCCUGCGGAAGUUUGAAAAUGCUCACCUUCUGCAGAAGCAUGUUGAUAUGUCCUCCCUGCAUAGGAGGAACUACCAGAUUGUGAUGGAUGUGAGUUCUGGUUAG